AUGAUGCAAAGUCUUCAAGUAUACAAAUUAGAUUUGAAACAGCAGAUCCAGACACGGAUAAAAAUAUAUUAGAGGAUAAAAUUGUACGAAUUCUUUCCAAAAACAAUGGUUUCGCUUUCAGACCUCAAGAUUGGUAUCGAUUAAAGAGAAUUGCCGAAGGAAACCCUGAUGAGCAUAAAAUAGGAGCUUUUGGCGUAGGCUUUUAUUCGUUGUUUUCAGUUUGUGAAAACCCAUUUAUUAGUUCGGGUGGACAAGGAAUGGCCUUUUAUUGGCGUAAAGAUCAAUUAUUUACCAAACUGGGAUCAACUGACGAUAAAGAUCAAUAUUUUUAA